AUGGCACUCUUGUUUCUUGUUGUAUUGGGUGCUGCCUGGGCUUGUGAUGCGAGAGAGCUGGUUAAGCGUGAUCAAUUGAGCAAACUUAGCAGAAAACCAGAUGUGUGUGCACUUUGUGAGGAAUACACUGCCAAGGCCCUUGAUUAUCUAAAUGACAAAAAGACCCAGCAAGAGAUCAUUGAUGUCCUCCACAACACUUGCCACCAGAUUCACUCCUUUAAUCAGAAGUGCAUUACUUUGGUGGACUAUUAUGCUCCUCUUUUCUUCUUAGAAAUAGCUACAAUUCAACCUGGAGAGUUCUGCCACAAGAUCAAUCUCUGUCAUCUCAUUUCAUAUAUUUCCUUGCAAGUUCAAGAAGAUAGCUGUGGGUUUUACAAAGACACUGUUUCAACUCUAUUGGCUAAGUUGAAAGAUAGUGAUACCAAGUUAGAGAUAAUUGACACAACAUUGAAUGUGUGCAAUUCAGUGGAGAAGUAUGCAAGUAAGUGCACAAGAAUGGUUUUGGAGUAUGGAGCCUUGGUGUUUGACAAUGCAGAGAAAUUCCUGGAGAGCACAGAUAUGUGCACUACAAUAUAUGCCCUGCAAAUGUUUAACAGUGGCUGGCCAACAAGCCUUUCUUUAAGACUCUUAUGGAAACAACAAUACAACACCUUCCAUCGCCACAUAUUUGGGAUCGUCGGUGAUUGGAUCAGAACAUUUGAAAUAAGCUAUCGACGGUUGAGAAAAUGGGUCCAAUUUCAGCAGAUCCGUUCCAGGGCCCAGAAUGGGGUUACUGAAAUUGCUAGAAUACAAGAAAUAACGAGGCAUGAAGGAGCACGUACCGUCCUUCACAUCACUCACUCGAAUUUUGUAUAUGUUGUAAUCGAUUUCAUGGACUCUGUAUUUGCCCGAAAACAGAGUCAAGAAAGUUGCGUUGUUCUCGCAAUGCAAUUGGUACCGCUUGUCGCCGCAGUGAGAAGGGUCACUGCUGAGUCAAAAGGGGUAACGAAUGUUGGGAAUGUUGCCGCAGGAGGAAGCAGGACAAUCGGAAAUGAGCGUCGUGGCGGAAGCGGUGACACUUCGGCACGAAAUUCAUCACCAUUGUCGGCAGCAACACUCGAUUCAGCUCAGUUCUGCGCUUCUCUCCAGUUAACGUACAUUACUUAUUUGACUGUGAAAACGCUUCUCUUUCAUGCGCUGUUUUUGAACGAUGGGGGAACUGACAUCAGUGGCUAG